UCCGUGCGGGCUGAUGGGAAGCUCUUUGUGCUGGAGUCUCUGAAUGGCUCCCAGGGCCUGACACUGGAGGCAGCUCGGUUUUCCUGCAGGAGCAGGGGUGCCCACCUCGUAUCUGCGGAUGAACUGCGCCGGGUGAUCAAGGACUGUGCCUUCCCGGUGUGCACCACGGGCUGGCUGGAGGACGGCAGCCUCGGGACCAUCGUGUGCACCAAGGGGCGUGGUGAGCCGCCAAGCGUGAGAGCUGUCGACGUGAGGAUUGAGCGCAACCCAGCUCCCGGCCAGCCACACCAUGCCCUUUGCAUGAAGGAUGAAGACAAGUCCUGUGGAGACCCACCUUUGUUCCCACACACGAUCCUGCAAGGGCGCACUGGCUUGGAAAUGGGGGAUGAGCUACUGUAUGUGUGUGCCCCAGGCCACGUCACAGGACGGCGGGAGACGGCCUUCACCUUGUUGUGCAACAGCUGUGGGGAGUGGUAUGGCCUGGUGCAGGCCUGUGAGAAAGGUGAGGCGGAGGCACAUAUUGACUAUGAAGAUCAUUUCCCCGAUGACAGGUCCGUGUCAUUCCGAGAGCUCAUGGAAGAUUCCCGGACAGAGACAGAGGUGGACAGGGAUCAGGGAGAGGCCCCCGAGGAAGCUCCAAAGCAGGACCACCUGGUCUCCAUUUCGGUGGGGGGAGAAAGCAGAGCUCGCAAUGAAGUCACCCUUGUCCCAAGCACAGGCACACCCAGCAAUGAGGGUAUUGUCGUCACAGACUUGCCCAGACCCCGGCUAAACCGGAAGUACUUGUUCUGGUCACCCGCUGAGACCGUCCAUCAACCUGACUUAGCCAAAGAGAUGGAUGAUGAUACUAAAAAGCAGUUUCCUGAUGGAGACAACCACAGUGGCGUGAAAGUGGGCCCUGGAGAACCCAAAACCAAGGUGCUCCACAGCAGCACCGAGGGCCCCUCAGGGUCAUUUGUGGACAGGAGCGACAGCAAGGCAGGGGACCCGAUGGUGAGCAGCAGUGACGAGUCCUGGUUAGAUGGCUACCCUGUGACGGAUGGGGCUUGGAGGAAGACGGCGGCGGAAGAGGAGGCGGAUGGAGACAAGGGGGAUGGAUCAGUGGGAUUGGAUGAAAGUGCCCUAGUUACUCACGACCAGCCCAUUCUUGUGGAUGUUCAGAAGCCCCGGACUACUGCCCGCACACUGAGCGAGAACCUGACCACGGCCCCUCGUCCAGUUCUUCCAUCUCAGGUGGAAGUUCUGACUCUCAGACCCGUGAGUGUGUCCGGGACAGAGGGCUCCAGCAAGGUGGAUGGUCAUGUGACCAAGUACCAGUCAACGAUGUCUUGGAGAUUGGCCACCGAUAACUCUCCUGUGGCCAGCCGACCCUAUGAACUCACCAAGUCUACCCCGGAUGCAGUCACAACCAUCACCCAGCAGGUGCCUAAGCACACCCCUACCCCCAUCAUUGUGGCCCCCCAGCCACCAGGGGAAACCAGUGCUCCUGCGGCCCAGGAUAGCUUCCCAUACCUGCUGUCUGAGGACUUCUUGGGACAGGAAGGCCCUGGCCCAGAUGCCGGUGAGAAGCUUCCUCCAACUUUGGAGCCAUGUGUGGGGGACCAGUGUCCCAGCUUCAGCCGAGGCCCUGUGGUCGCCACCAUUGUCACUGUGCUGUGCCUGCUGCUGCUCCUGGCAGGCGUGGGGGCCGUGUGGGCUUACCGCAGGUGCCAGCACAAGAGCUCCGUGUACAAACUGAACGUGGGCCAGCGGCCGGCGCGGCAUUACCACCAGCAGAUCGAGAUGGACAAGGUCUAGCCGGUUGUGCAGGGUGCUCUCCCAACGCCACUUGGGAGGGAACGGAAACUGUGACAACAGGAAACAGUGGCACGAGGCCCAUCUUUCCCCACCGCGGUCCCCUCGGGUCUUUGUCUUCUAAGCUGAGCCUGUGUCUGGAGGUCCCCCGGCAGGGCAGGAAGGCUGUGGCAGCACCAUCAGGGCCCCCGGGGCCCCCACUGCCCUCUGCCCUGUGCUGCGCUGCACUCAUCCCUGCUCCACGCGUGAGCGCGAGUUCCGACGUGCGGCCAGGAAAACACCUCCCGCGUGGACACAAUUAGUUUCAUCUUUUCCUCUCUGAAAAAAGGAAAAUGACCUCCUCCGGGCCCGACGUUCACCAAAUCCGGGUGCGAUCAAUGGAGCGAUUGAGAGCAGUGUUGUCUGGGGCACAGACAUGUCUUUGUGCAGAGCGGGGCACGGGCGAACAGUGGGAUGUUGAAAGUGGGAUGUGGCGGGGAGCGAACGAGCCAGGAGCUAAGACAUCGUCCAGGAGCUUUGCGGUUUCCUUUUCGCUGUUUGCCGGCAGAGACGCCCUCCGGGACGGGAGAGACCGUGUUGUUGGGGAAAGGUGAGGAGGGAAGAGAGAGAGACACAUCCACCUCUGUUCCCUCCGUUCUGGGGGACAGCCCAUCACCUUUUUGAGAAAGAAGGUUCGCUGUGUACCUAGAAGCACCAUUUCCUCUCGCAAGCAGUGGCCUGGCUGUCCGUGACCACCAGCCUGUGCCUGGCAUGGUCUUGAGCUUUUUGCCAGGACUGACAAAGCCCAGGCUUGGUUUCCGCCCUCAGGAUUUACCGCUUCUCCGAGCCAGCAUGAGGGAAUGGCAUGGGAGGAAAAACGUUUUUAGAAGGAUAUCAAGCUCGGGGAACAGAGGGACUACUACGGCAUGAUCUGUGCUGUUCCAGUCCUGGCUGUCGUCUGGAAAUAGGUAGCCGAUCUCACCGAGCAAUCCGUUGUGGCACCUCAAUCAUCUUUGGGAGGCCCAGCAAGAUGUCGUUAUCGUGAAAAUGGUUCUGGAAGCGUGGUCCUUAGACCGGCGGCCUCCGUGUCUCCUGGGCCCUUGCUGGAGCUGCAGACUGGUGGGUCUUACCCCAAACCCGUGCAGUGAACCCUUGAGGAGUGAAGCCCAGCUACCAGUACGUGAACAAGCCCUCCAGGUGAUUGUGGAACACCCGGGGUGGAGCACGAUGGCUUUGUGAUAAGUCAUGAGCUUUGGGGCCUCCUGUAGAAGUAGACACACAGCUGAAGAGUAACCUCUGUCAUCUGUCUUGCCCGGAGGUCAGGUGCUGGCUCCUGCACCCAAGACAGCAUUGGAACCUGCCAGUGUGCCAUCUCCAGUGGCCGCCUACGCCCUGGCCCAGAAACAGAACACAUUAGAUUUUUCUAACAUGAGUCUUCUUCUUAGAAAUCAUUUGCAAUGGUUAAAAAAAGGUGACAAAGGCAACACAUUUCUCUUGAGACAUCACAGGAGGCUAAGCGUUUUUGUGGGGGGCUUGGAGGAACCCCAGUCUCUUUCUGCUUUGGAGAAAUGGUUGAUGGUUUCUACCAAAGGAAAAAGAUUUCCACAACAUGUGUUCUGCCUGCCAGCACCUACACCCUUCUCCCCCAUCUCCCCCCUUUUUUUUUUUGGUACAAGCUUUGGAGAAAUAGUAAGCUGAGUGGCUAUGAUGUCGGUGCCAAAGGAUAUAACCAGAGUCCUUUGUCCCACACUCGGUAACACAAAGGGACCAAGUAGAAAACCCGCGCACGAGAUGAAAUCUCCAACAGUAGGGGCGGGAUGCUUUCUGCAGGUAGCCAAAGCAAACCGAAACAGAACAAAAGCCAGAGACGGUGUGUAUGGAUACAGGAGAGACUUUCCUAAUCGAUCACUGGACAACUUUUCCACUGACAGCUGUCUAAAAUAGCCUCUCCAGCCACGGGAUGGUGUUCGUCAUGAAGGAACAACCCAAGAACAUUGACCCAAUAGUGCAGCUCUUAUAAAGGUAGUAAAACAAAUGUCUUAGCAAAUCCAUUACAAAUAUAUUAACCCACCUAGCGGUAUUCUUUUGUAGGCAUGGGUUGCAAAAUAAACCCAAUACAUCACCUUUUAAGUUGUUUUUUUUAAAUGUUUUAUUGAUUUUAUGUCAUCCAAAUGCAUGCAAUGGAGCCUAGAAAUGCAUGUAGAAGGGGAGAGAUGGACACUGUGCGCUGAAAUCGUUGGUCCUUCUGCAGCUGCAAGACUGGCCGAUGAUUAAGGCGCAUAAGAACUGAAGGGGGGGGGGGAUG